AUGGACGCCUUGUCCGGCAAGAACUCGACAGGUCGCAGAGUGUCAUUGCUAAACGACGGCCCGGCGCCUCCUCAACUUGUCCGACUUCCCUCCAUCACUCCUUCUCUCCAGUCUAGGACCUCCAGUUACUCCUCCUCCCCCCAACCCUCACCACCCCGCCUCGUCCGCAGCGACUCGUCAGACUCCAACAUGCAGACGCCCUCGCCCAUUACUCCAGACUUUUCCUACGAGCCGGGCAUGGACUCGCCCGUCUUCUCGCAAAAUGGCUUCUUCCACCACCAGAAGGAUCUCGGCUUCCCCAUGCACCACCAGUCUGGCCCUCUUCCCUACCACGCCAACCCCUCGCAGGCUGGCUACUUCAGGCCCGAACAGCUCUCCGAGCAACACCAGGACCCCUCCGCCCUGAACGCGCGACCCAAGAAGAACAGCUAUCCUUGCCCCAUGGCCAAGCAAUUCCAGUGCAACGACUUCUUCACCACCUCAGGCCAUGCUGCCCGCCACGCAAAGAAGCACACUGGCAAGAAGGAUGCUUUUUGCCCCGAGUGCAACAAGGCCUUUACCCGCAAGGACAACAUGGAGCAGCACCGCCGCACUCACCAGAGUGGCCGCAACGCGGCCAAGGGUGGAGACCGCGACGUCAAGAAGGCCAAACACCAGGCAAAGCGGCCCAAGCCGGCACCCCUCCAGUCGACGAUGCCUUCUUUGUCAUCGCUUUCCAUGGUUGACCCGACGCUUCCCCUCAGCCCCUCCGGAUUUUCCAUGGCGCCCGCCGUGCAGUCUACUGAUGCCUUCAUCGACUUCUCUCCCAGCUCCCGGUACCCCGACCCCGCCAACUACAGCUACAACCCCGCCGCCACCCAAUACGGUGGCUUGGACGCACUCGCCAUCGCUGCAAGCGGUGAGAAGCGCAAGUUUGAGUCAUAG